UUCUGCGAGCAGGCGCGCGGGCGAGCGGUUGUACGCGUGGACUGUGGCGUGGGCUUAGGCGGCCGCCUGAGAGGCAGGCAGCGCGGCGCAGAGGCGGGUGGCGGGCCGGCAGCGGCCGGUCGGGCCUCGGCAGCGCCCGGCGCGCGGGAGGCGACGGCCCAGGCGGCGCGUGGCGGCGCUCGGCCUCGCGGCUGCGGCGGCCCAGCCGUUGGCGGCCCGCUCGUCUGCGCCUGCGCAGCGGACCCCGUGCUCCUCCUCCCCCUAGGCGCCCCCGGUGGCUGGUGAAUGGCGGCCUCAGCGGCGGCGGCCUCGGCCUCGGCGGCGGCGGCCGCAGCCGCAGCCUCUGCCUCGGCUAGCCCUGGCCCGGGCGAGGGCUCGGCGGGUGGCGAGAAGCGCGCUGUAGCCUCCUCGGCCGCAGGCUCGGCCUCGGCUGCGGCCUCCGCCUCGUCUCCCGCAGGGGGCGGCGGCAGCGAGGCAUUGGAGCUGCUGGAGCAUUGCGGCGUGUGCCGGGAGCGCCUGAGGCCUGAGAGGGAGCCGCGGCUCCUGCCCUGCUUGCAUUCGACUUGCAGCGCCUGUCUCGGGCCCGCGGCCCCUGCCGCCUCCAACAGUGCAGGGGACGGGGGUGCGGCGGGGGACGGUGCCGUGGUGGAUUGUCCUGUAUGUAAGCAGCAGUGCUUCUCCAAAGACAUCGUGGAGAAUUAUUUUAUGCGCGACAGUGGCAGCAAGACUGCUACCGACUCCCAGGAUGCAAAUCAGUGCUGCACGAGUUGUGAGGACAAUGCUCCUGCUACCAGCUACUGUGUGGAAUGUUCUGAGCCUCUGUGUGAGACGUGUGUGGAGGCACACCAGCGGGUGAAAUACACCAAGGACCACACUGUGCGAUCCACCGGGCCUGCUAAAUCACGGGAUGGUGAGCGCACAGUGUAUUGCAGCGUGCAUAAGCAUGAGCCCCUUGUGCUGUUCUGUGAGAGCUGCGACACCCUCACUUGUCGGGACUGCCAGCUAAAUGCUCACAAAGACCACCAGUAUCAGUUCUUGGAGGAUGCAGUGAGGAACCAGAGAAAACUGCUGGCCUCGCUGGUGAAGCGCCUUGGGGACAAACAUGCAACCCUGCAGAAGAAUACCAAGGAGGUUCGCAGCUCAAUCCGCCAAGUGUCUGAUGUACAGAAACGCGUGCAGGUGGAUGUUAAGAUGGCUAUCCUGCAGAUCAUGAAGGAGUUGAAUAAGCGGGGCCGUGUGCUGGUGAACGAUGCUCAGAAGGUCACUGAGGGGCAGCAGGAACGCCUGGAGAGGCAGCAUUGGACCAUGACCAAGAUUCAGAAGCACCAGGAGCACAUUCUUCGCUUUGCUUCAUGGGCCCUGGAGAGUGACAACAACACCGCACUACUGCUCUCCAAGAAACUGAUCUACUUCCAGCUGCACCGGGCCCUCAAGAUGAUUGUUGACCCUGUGGAGCCCCAUGGUGAGAUGAAAUUCCAGUGGGACCUCAAUGCCUGGACCAAGAGUGCAGAGGCCUUCGGCAAGAUUGUGGCAGAGCGUCCUGGCACCAAUUCGACAGGCCCUGCAUCCAUGGCCCCUCCCCGGGCUCCAGGGCCCCUGAGUAAGCAGGGUUCUGGCAGCAGUCAGCCCAUGGAAGUGCAGGAAGGAUAUGGCUUUGGGUCAGAUGACCCUUAUUCUAGUGCAGAGCCUCAUGUUUCAGGCAUGAAGCGGUCCCGCUCAGGUGACGGUGAGGUGAGUGGCCUCAUGCGGAAGGUGCCACGGGUGAGCCUAGAGCGCCUGGAUCUGGACCUCACUGCUGAUAGCCAGCCCCCAGUUUUCAAGGUUUUCCCAGGCAGCACCACUGAGGACUAUAACCUCAUCGUCAUAGAGCGUGGUGCUGCUGCCGCCGCUGCUGCUGCCGCUGCUGCUGCUGCCGCUGGAGGCCAGCCUGUGACUGCACCUCCUGGCAUUCCGGGUGCCCCGCCCCUGCCUGGUAUGGCCAUUGUCAAGGAGGAAGAGACGGAGGCUGCCAUUGGCGCCCCAUCUGCUGCCACUGAGGGGCCUGAAACCAAACCAGUGUUGAUGGCUAUGGCGGAGGGACCUGGCGCUGAAGGCCCCCGUCUGGCCUCACCUAGUGGUAGUACUAGUUCCGGCCUGGAGGUUGUGGCUCCAGAGGGCACCUCAGCACCAGCUGGUGGCCCUGGUGCCCUGGAUGACAGUGCUACCAUCUGUCGUGUCUGCCAGAAGCCAGGUGACCUGGUCAUGUGCAACCAGUGUGAAUUCUGCUUCCACCUGGAUUGCCACUUGCCUGUUCUCCAGGAUGUUCCAGGGGAGGAGUGGAGUUGCUCACUUUGCCAUGUGCUGCCUGACUUGAAGGAGGAGGAUGGCAGCCUGAGCCUUGACAUUGGUGACAGCGCUGGAGUAGUGGCUAAACUCUCACCAGCCAACCAGCGGAAGUGUGAGCGUGUCCUGCUGGCCCUGUUCUGUCAUGAGCCCUGCCGGCCCUUGCACCAGCUGGCUACUGACUCUACCUUCUCUCUGGAUCAGCCAGGUGGCACCUUGGAUCUAACCCUUAUCCGAGCUCGCCUGCAGGAGAAGUUAUCACCUCCCUACAGCUCUCCCCAAGAGUUUGCGCAGGAUGUGGGCCGCAUGUUCAAGCAGUUUAAUAAGCUAACAGAGGACAAGGCAGAUGUGCAGUCCAUCAUCGGUCUGCAGCGCUUCUUCGAGACUCGCAUGAAUGAGGCCUUUGGUGAUACCAAGUUCUCUGCUGUGCUGGUGGAGCCCCCACCACUGAGCCUGCCUGGUGCUGGUCUGAGUUCCCAAGAGCUGUCCAGUGGCCCUGGUGAUGGACCCUGAGGCUCCAGUAUCCCUAGCCAGACCCUUAUCCUGGCUAUUACCUGUCCUUUCAACAUACCCCUCACAACCUUUCCCCUUGGUGGUCUGGCUCCCACUUCUCGGUGGUCCCAUCCCCUGCCCUCUCACAAUAUGGUUUUUACUUCUGUGGAUUUAAUAAAAACUUCACCACUUCUUCAAGA